ACGUAUUUUUCCGCGACGCCACUAGAGACGUAUUCAACAAAAAUAUGCCGGAACAAUGCAAGCCUUUUGAGUCGAGUUUCAGCGACGGAUGCCCACCCGAGGACUGGUGCAUCGGCUGUACGGUGUGUGACUGCGACGCCAAUGGCCGCUGGGACUGCCACGUGCUCAGCUUCUGCGACAAAACUACAAGGAAACCUUCAAAGAAACGCAAAGGUAACUACAGAAGGACAGUCAUCAGAAAAACACAAGUGAAACCUAACAACACAAGUAAAGCCGUCACCAUCAAGCCGAUAGCUAAACCGCCGCCAAAGAUCAUUAGAAAGGUUAUCAAGAAACCAGCAAUCCUCAAUACUCGGACGAAAAGACAGCCGCAAACACACAAAAAUAUCAAUAAAAAGAUCCAAAAACAUUAA